AUGCACUUUGACCCUGAAAGGGUCGGAGCCGACGACGAGGACGUGAUAUAUACGCGCCCGGCCCGUGGACGCUUUGACCCCGAAAGGGCCGGAGCCGACGACGAAGACGUGAUAUAUACGAUCCCGGCCGAAAGGGCCGGAGCCGACGACGAGGACCAUCGCCCUGUGACACAUAUGCGCACGGCCCGUCGACACUUGUCCCUUGAGAGACUGAGAGUCUUCUUUGACCCGCUGGCGAGGGUUUCGACCAGCGUCCAGAACAACGUCGAGGCCAAGGCUGAGGCGGAUUACUAG